GGGAAUUGUAGUCUUCUCCUGCGUGAGCAAGCAUGGCUUCUUCCCUCGCAGGGAGCUGCGGACCCGCAAUGGGCUUGGCUCGGAGCUUUCGAGCUGCCAAGGCGCUGCUCCCUGCGUCAGCCUCUGUCGCCUGCCGGGCCCGCGUGGGGCCGGCCCGGCAGCGGAGCACUGGACCUCCCGAGCCUGGCGCGUUCCAGCCGCCGCAGAAACCGGUCAUCGCGGACAAGCGCCUUGCCAAGCGUCGGGAAAGCAGGUUCUUGAGUCCUGAAUUCAUCCCUCCAAGAGGAAGAACAAAUCCUCUGAAAUUUCAAAUAGAAAGAAAAGAUAUGUUAGAACGGAGAAAAAUACUCCACAUUCCAGAGUUCUAUGUAGGAAGCAUACUUCGUGUAACUACCGCUGACCCAUAUGCCAGUGGAAAAACCAGCCAGUUUCUGGGGAUCUGUAUCCAAAGAUCAGGAGCAGGACUUGGAGCUACUUUCAUCCUUAGGAAUACUAUUGAAGGACAAGGUGUUGAGAUUUGCUUUGAACUUUAUAAUCCUCUAAUUCAGGAGAUCCAAGUGAUCAAGUUAGAGAAACGGCUGGAUGACAGCUUGCUAUACUUACGAGAUGCUCUUCCUGAAUACAGCACUUUUGAUGUGAAUAUGAAGCCACUAGCACCAGAACCUACCGAAGAAGUCCCUGUUAAUCAGCUGAAAGUAAAAAUGAAGCCGAAGCCCUGGUCCAAGCGCUGGGAACGUCCAAAAUUUAAUAUCAAAGGAAUCAGAUUUGAUCUUUAUUUAACUGAAGAGCAAAUGAAAGAAGCUCAGAAAUGGAGUCAGCCAUGGCUUGAGUUUGAUAUGAUGAGGGAAUAUGAUACUUCAAAAAUUGAAGCUGCAAUAUGGGAUGAAAUUGAAGCAUCAAAAAAGUCCUGAUCCUGAGAGUGAAUUUGGUUGUUUGCAAAGGACACAUUGACUCAGAGGAUUUACUUAACCACUAAUUUCAUUUCAUAUGAAAGGAUGUAGUCAUUAAAUCAACAAAGCAUU